AUGGACAUUCCCAAGAAGAACUCGCCCGGAUUGAAAUGGGAUCGCGAACAGUUCGAUACGCGGCGUCCGUACGAGAGGAAAAACUACGAAGUGCCCUUCCGUGCCCUGCCAACCUAUGUGGGUCGCUUUGGAGGGGUGAAUGUUAAACCAAAGGAAUGUGCCACACCGUCCGCAUUCGCAAGAAGAACUGCCAUCGAGGAAGUAUUUCACAAGCGUAACCGAUCGACCGUUUGUGCGCGACCGGAACUGCGUUCCGUGGGGGACUGUGUCGAUGAUGUGAUCGCCGGGGACAAUAUAAGCUCCAGUGGAACCGUACGGGAAUCUGGGACACUUCACCGGGACGAUUCAAUCGAAAGUUCCAAAGGCAAAGAGGUCUCGAAGGAAUGUUACAGGACAUUCUUCAAGGCACGGAAAGCGCUGCUCCGCAGUGAACUGUUUGAGGAAUACUUUCAACGAGGACACGCCACCGAUGAUGGUGCCGUUGGGGAAGAUGAAAUCUCAGAAGUGUCUGACCUUGAGCAAACUCCCGAACCGUCGCGUGAGUCAUCGCAAGAGCUAAUGUUUGAACUCUCCGAAGAGGAUAGCUUGUUGGCGGAUAGCCAAUCUGAUUGUGAGAGCAGCUACUACGAACCGCCGAGGAUAGUGCACAAGGACAGCAAACCGGCUGCGGUUGAGGCACGGGAAACGUUUCUCUCUCGACUGCGAACGCACUAUCUACGGAAGUUUGACCAUGUCCGCGACCAGCUUGAACGGGAGGAACGGGAGCGGCACAAACAACCCGAACCAUUCGAUGAGGAACGCUACAUGGCCGAGUAUCCGGCGGUCGAUAUCAAGAACGAACGAAAGCGUCUCUUCCGCCAAUCGCUCCACUUACGGCUGGAAGAGCUCAACAAACGCCAGGCCCGUGAGAUCCGGCAAUAUCCUCAAACAGUGGCGCAGUUUGCCGAAUACAAAGCUGCACUUGCGGACAACACUCGACGGUUACGCGACGAGGCACGGCUGGUGGAAGAUUACUUCCGUAACGCAAACACACCCCGCGAGAUCCCGGAGGCCCGGCUAGAGGUGAAGCACAUCCGAGAGGCUGACUAUGGUCCGGAUCAUGACGAACCACCACCGGCAGCAGACGGUAACGUGGAAGAAACGAAGCCGAAGGGUCCUCCAGUGUACCAUACGUGCAUGACGCGCGAAGAGUGGAGCCGCUGGAUAGGAACGAGUGUCAAGAUGGAAAAGCUUAAGCUGCCGAAACCCAAGCUGCUACCAUCCUCGGUACCUCCGGGGGUGGUGGUGGACCGAUGUCUCGAAAGUCCAAUCCGUGCGUACAUCCAGGGACGGCUCGAUGUGGUUCAGGCAGGCGCCAGCUCGACCGCGGCGACAAAGGAAGCCAAUCCAAAGAAACUUGUCCACUCACUGGUGGGACCAUCGGAGAAUCGAAGAUCUGCCGAACGACCGGUGAUGCGUGACCUGCUGUUUGACCCGACGCCACCCGAAUCUGACCACACCGCAACGAACCAAGUCAUGGCGGUGGCUGCGGUGGCGACUAGCCUCCGUCCAUAUACGGACAUUAUUGAGGAGCGAUUCCGGAGUCACGAAGGGCGACGCAAAGCGAAACGGCGGAUGCGAAAAAGCCGGAUGCCGUGGAUUGAGGAACUGGUGGACGAAAUCUGCCGCCGGAGAAGGGACGAAGGGCCGGUUCAAAUAGGUUCGUGAGGUCAUUGUUGUGCGUUAGAUGAUGCUGCUUUACGGCGGUGUCUGAAUGGCGCCCCGGCGCGUUUUUCGUGGAGAAACUUUCCGACAA